AUGUGUGAGAGACAACCAGCGAAGGGUGUGGAUGUGGGCGUCAAUACAAUCCUUGAAAUGGGAGUUGCCGAAGGCAGUUCCAGUUCGAAUACAACAUCUGAUAACAGUGCUGGGCAGUUACCAAAGCGGCUUUUUGAUACGGUUUUACUAAGGCCAUCACUGACGAUUGUGUCCCUACGACCUGAUGGGAGUAUCGUCCCGGGCAGCAUGUCAGCAUCGCGACGAUUGCCCAGCGUCCAUGAGUGGUCACCAAAAUCUGAUGAAGAAGUCGCUGAACAAAGUAUCUCGGCAGCAACAUCACGACCUGAUCGUUCGGAAGAUGAUUCAAAUACAUUGGCCAAUAUUUCACCAAUUCCACACGCAUGA